UUUUCUUUUCCCUCCUUCCUUGUGUUGAUUUGUGGGACCAGAAUGACUUUGAUUUCAGCAAGUUUGCUGUUUAUUCACGUCACAAGUUUGACAGCUUUACACCAAAUCAGAUUGCUGGGUUUCAGGAGAGCUCUGAGGCGUCACUGGGAGCUCCUUUAGAUUAAACUCGCCUCCCCGGUCUCCCCCCUCUCCCCCUCCUUCAGAGCCAUUUAAACCUCUCUGGGGCUUUAACAGAAACGUGCUCCCAAGACCUGCAUUUCAUUCUGCCACUAAUAUGAGCGCCGGCCGGCCGUGCCCGGAGCCGGACUUCGCCGGGGGCUCGGGCUGCGCCUGCCCCUGGUCCGCCCCCGCCGGGGUUUCCAAGGAGACCUGGGCCGCCGUCUGCGCCGCGGAGCCGCCGCACAGCCAGGGCGGGCGGGAGGCUCGGCCGCAGGGACAGUUCUGCAGCCCGCAGCUCGGUGCCCAGGACGCGGCGUGGCAGGGAGACCAGCUGUCCUCCCAGCUCUACAGAAACAAGCAGCUUCAAGAUACUUUGCUUCAGAAGGAAGAGGAACUUGCUAGGUUACAUGAAGAAAAUAAUAACCUCCGACAAUACCUGAAUUCUGCCCUGAUUAAGUGUUUGGAAGAAAAAGCCAAGAAACUACUGUCUGGCCAUGGGCAAAAAACCUGUCCUAUCCUCAAAAGUACCAAGAGGAGAUUAAAAGAGGACCACUGCUUUGUUCCUCAAGAAACUCCUCAUGCCUCCAAAGCUAGAAGGAACCUCUUCAAUGAAUUCACUGCCUGUGAAGAGCAAGCCAGCCCUGCUGUGGACAGCUGGGUCUUGCAGACUUUAGGAUUAAAAGAUGUGAACACCAUUGAUGAAGCUUCAGCUAACUACAGUGCCCUGUCCCCAGACCUUGGAAAAGACACAUACUGCCUGAGCCCUGGGGGAGCAGUAGACUAUGAGCACAGGGAAGGAGCAGCAGCAGUGUUUAGCUGCAGCCAUGUGCCUCCAGCCAGCAGCAGCACCCAUCCCUGCAGCGAGGAUUCUCCCUUCCUUCCUCAGUUUUCUUCAGCACCAUGCAUCUCCUCACCUGUGCCAAGUGUUUCCUCCAUCCCAGCCUAUGGGUUGCCUUAUUUGACUGGUGGUUUGUCACCCAACAAAACAGAAGUGGCCUUCACAACGUCCCUGAGUCCCCACCGCAACGUGAGAACGCACAGCUUCCACCAAGGACAGGCCUUUGUGCGCAGGGACGACGAUGGGGGCUGGAGAUUCACCUGGGUGCCCAAGCAGGCUGAAUGAUGCGCCUGAUCAAGGGUCAGCCACAGAGGACGUAGGAGUCACACUUCACCUUGUGCAUCAGACAGGUCCAGGCAGAAAAAAAGACCCCUUUUGGGCUUCUUUAAAUGCUGCUCUGUCACUAACCCAUUCCUCAUUCCCUCCCAGAUGUGACUCCAGAUUGCACUUGCACAAUUUUCUGCCCCAGAUGUUCAAACUGGAUUCUUUUCUCUUGUGCCUAUGUUGAGAUACUUGCUUUCACUUGUUUUCUGGGGUUUUGUCAACAGCUCCUCCUUGUUACUGGUGGUUUCCAGGCUGGAGGGCUUUCACCUUUGAUGAUCACUUUCACAUGCACCAAACAGGAAAGCACUGUGGGAAUACACCUCUCUCACUUUGGAAAUAGCACCUGUCUCACAGAUACCCAAAGAUAACAAAGGAGGCAUAGGCUGGAGGCUGAGGAUCAGCAGUUUCUAAGUGAUUUAUGCCUCUCUUGACUACACAGAUAGCCUUGGAUUUAACAAGCACCCAUGGUUGCCUUAAGUGCUGCACAAGGCUACCCUACCUGCAGUCCAUGGUGCUGUCACAUUCUUUGGUGAUGCCUCAAAAUAAAACCAGGAUUUACUUCUAAUGCCUGGAGGCUACUUAGUUACAAGAGAUUCAGCAAGGGCAGGGGAUCUUCCUAAGGUGUGAUGAAGAGACUGAUGUGUUUACUAAUACAUUUUAAGGGUAUUUGUCUAUCAAUAAAAGGAGUUUACAUGUGGGGAGGCAGUAUCAC